AAAUCGAGAGUGAUGAACAGCAGGCAGUAUACCAGUUUAGAAGAAAUUUAUUACAUGGAUCAGAAAAUCAGACACCCCUUAAGGUUACACUAGAUCUAACCAGCAGUAUGGAAGACAGAGAUAGACAGUUUCUGUCAUUCUACAAGUCAAACCGAACUGACUGGGCAUCCCCACUAUCAAUCAACCUUAAAGGUGAUGCUGCAAUUGGGGAUGGUGUAACGCGUUACUACUUUGCGAUGCUUAUGUCCAGAAUACAAUACGGCUUCAUUUUAAAUAUUGAUAACACUGGAAAAAUGCUGUUCUUCAAUGGAGAAGAAGACCACUUGGUACCAUCGUCCUCACGAGUUCUUCUGGACAGUGAUCUUUUUAAAGUCAUUGGUCGAAUGAUUGGCCACUCGUUCAUUCAUGGAGGGCCACUCUUGACAGGACUGAGCACCUCCAUGUUCAACCUACUUCUAGGAAGUGAUGAGCCAGUCAUCACAGACAUGAGAGACUGCCCAGACCAAGAUGUAGUCGAUAUUGUUUCUCUGCUUGAAGAGCCACGGAAUCUAACAGAUGUGGAACGAUACAAAGUGAAUGAUCUUGCUUUUAGCUGGGACUUGCCAACAUUAACUACAGAAAACCGGAAGUGGCUUGCAGAAACCAUUCUUCAACAUGCGGUUAUUGGUCGUAGAGAGAAGCAGAUGAAACAAAUCAAACGGGGUCUGAAGGAUACUGGGGUCCUGCUCAUGAUAAAGGAACGCCCUUCUCUCAUCUCAGUGCUGUUCCCAAGAGCUGUUGACAAAAUCAUCCUUCCUGAAAUGGUUUUAGAAAGAGUUAUAUGGCCAAUGACGCAGAAUGAGGACGAGGAGGAUGAAGAUGAGGAUGAUCAAGAGGUUCCUCUGGAGUUGAAAUGCCAGAUGGCAUCGUACCUCAGGAUGUACAUUGAAAAUGCUACAGCAUUGGAUAUUGAGCAGCUUGUUACAUUUUGGGUGGGUUGGGCAAUCCUCCCACAACAUCUCUAUGUGGAGGUGUCUAACUCCAUCAAAAUGCCCACUGCAUUCACAUGCACAGAGAAAAUAAAACUGCCUUCUCACUACACUAACUAUAUGGACUUUCAGGCGGACUUAAAAGCAGCAGUGUCCACAAGUGAAAGUGGAUUUGGAUUAAUUUAAUCAUUUGGAGAGUUCCUGGGAUUUUUAAAUGAAGAGGCCAGUAUGCUCCCUGCCAUCAGGCUUUUAACUGGACCGUUUAUUGAGAGAAAAAAUGAAAAUGAAUGAAUUAAAAUGAAACUAAAUACUACAUGAUUUUAUAAUUUCAUGUCCAUUUAUUUAUUUGUUGCAAGUUACAUAAUUUGUAACUUAAAGAUGAAAUGUUAUGUUAAAAAGGUAAAUGUACUAGUACUUUAAUAUUUUUAAUAUGUGUAUUUGUAAGUUUAAUCAAAUGUAAUUACCAGCCAGUGCAUCAGAAA